UCAAACCAUAUAUUUUGUACGGUCUGAUGUGGUGCGAGCAUGAACACUCCUAGUUUGAGCUCAGAUAUUACAAAAUGGCUCCUAUGUAAUUUGUAUACUUAUUAUCACAGUCUCAAAUAAUGGAAUGGCAAGGCGUGGAUUCCUCAAACAACUCUCCGGUGACCUCUCUUUCGUUGACUCCACACCCUUCGCCAAGCUCCUGGAUUCUUGCGCCAGCUCCAAGUCCGCUCGCCAUACACGUCGUGUACAUGCCCGAAUCAUCAAAACUCAAUUUUCCUUUGAAAUUUUUAUUCAGAAUAGGCUCAUUGAUGUGUAUGCAAAAUGUGGCUGUUUAAAUGAAGCUCGCAAAGUGUUCGAUAAAAUGCCUCACAGAAACAUUUUUACUGGGAACUCUAUUAUAUGUGCGUUAACAAAGUCUGGUUUUUUUGAUGAGGCUGUCCGGAUUUUUGACUCCAUGCCUGAUCAUGAUCAAUGCACAUGGAAUUCUUUGCUUUCGGGAUUUUCCCAACAUGACCGAUAUGAAGAAGCAGUUGAAUGUGUUAUUAAUAUGCAAAGACAGGAUUUUGUGUUGAAUGAUUACUCGUUUGGUAGUGCUCUUAGUGCUUGUGCAGGGUUAAGAGAUUUGAAAAUGGGUAUUCAAAUCCAUGCUUUGAUAUCAAAGUCUCCUUACUCUUCUGAUGUUUAUAUGGGGUCUGCUCUUAUUGAUAUGUACUCUAAAUGUGGGAGUGUGAUUUUGGCACAAAUGGUUUUUAAUUGGAUGCAAGAACGAAAUAUUGUAUCUUGGAAUAGCUUAAUUAGUUGUUAUGAGCAGAAUGGUCCUGCAAGUGAAGCACUUGAAGUUUUCCUGAAAAUGAUGGGUUGUAGUAGAAUUGAGCCAGAUGAGGUUACAUUAGCCAGUGUGGUAAGUGCGUGUGCAAGCUUGUUGGCUAUAAAAGAAGGACUUCAAAUUCAUGCCCGUGUUAUAAAAUGUGAUAAAUUGAGAGAUGAUCUUAUACUAGGAAAUGCAUUGGUUGAUAUGUAUGCGAAAUGUGGUAGAAUCAAUGAAGCUAGAUGGGUUUUUGACAGGAUGCCGAUUAGGAAUGUAGUCUCUGAAACCUCCAUGGUUAGUGGUUAUGCCAAAGCAGCGAGUGUGGAAGCUGCUAGGUUAAUGUUUACAAAGAUGAGUGAGAGGAAUGUUGUUUCUUGGAAUGCACUUAUUUCGGGGUACACUCAGAUUGGGGAAAAUGAAGAAGCACUUUCACUCUUCCUCCUCCUGAAAAGGGAGUCAAUAUGGCCUACGCACUAUACAUUUGGGAAUCUGCUCAACGCUUGUGCAAAUAUCGCUGACUUGCAGCUCGGGAAGCAGGCUCACUCACAUGUGGUGAAGCAUGGAUUUCGGUUCCAAAAUGGUGAAGAGCCUGAUAUUUUCGUAGGGAAUUCUCUAAUAGACAUGUAUAUGAAAUGUGGAUCAAUUGAUGAUGGCUGUCGUGUUUUUGAGAAAAUGUUGGAGAGGGAUCGUAUUUCGUGGAAUGCCAUGAUAGUAGGGUAUGCUCAGAAUGGAUAUGGGACUGAAGCUCUUGAACUAUUCAGGAAAAUGUUGGCAUUGGGGGAAAAGCCUGACCAUGUCACAAUGAUUGGAGUACUGUGUGGAUGUAGCCACGCUGGGCUGGUUGAGGAGGGCCGUCGAUAUUUCUACUCUAUGACCGAAGAGCAUCAUUUGGUUCCAUUGAAGGACCACUAUACAUGUAUCGUUGAUUUACUUGGUCGGGCCGGUCAUCUUGAUGAAGCCAAAAAUCUGAUAGAGACAAUGCCAAUGCAGCCUGAUGCUGUUAUUUGGGGGUCUCUUCUUGGUGCUUGUAAACUUCAUCGUAGUAUUACCUUAGGGAAGUAUGUGGCGGAAAAGCUCCUGGAAAUAGAACCUAUGAACUCUGGACCUUAUGUUCUUCUUUCAAACAUGUAUGCUGAGCUCGGAAGAUGGGGUGAUGUUGUAAAAAUAAGAAAGUUGAUGAAACAACGAGGAGUGAUCAAGCAGCCGGGUUGUAGUUGGAUUGAGGUAAAGGGUCAUGUACAUGUUUUCUUAGUGAAAGAUAAAAGGCAUCCUAAAAGGAAGGAAAUAUAUACACUUCUUAUGUCACUUACGAAACAGAUGAAGAGAGCUGGAUAUGCCCCACAUUCAUGUGAUAACGAGGUUUAUGAAGAACAGAGUGACUCUGAAGUUGAGCAUACCUCAUUCUACAUAAUGGGUAUGCCACAAGAUGUUGCUGCUGCUAUAUAAUUUCUAGUUAGUUAUUAUCUAAAUAUUCUCUAAAUGCUAAAGCCUCCAUUAAUAACCAGACAGUUAUUUCUGUUAUAUUCAAGGCUUCAGUUUGGAGUUUGUGUUGCUGUCUUAUGUUGCCACAUCAGCAUUUCACCUUUUAACUAACCUAUUGGUAAUAUAACAUCUGUUCAUAAGAACUGGUUGUUAGUUUUUGUGUUUCUAGAGAGUGAAAACCGAAUCGAUUUGAGAGGAUUUUUGAGUUUGUAAUUUGAGUUCUUUGGAGGGUGUAUCACAUCUGUUCUAAUACUGAAAAUUAGAGAUAAAAUCCCUUCCAUGGAUGUAGUUUUCUCAUACCGAAAAUUCCAAACCAAGUAGUUGUUUUCUUCUCUUUGUUUCUCUAGUUCUCUGUGCUUUGCUUGUUGAUUGGUUUAUAAUAGCAAGAUUUUUGCUUAUGUUGUUCUUCACAAUUUGUAUUAUAUUGUUGUUCUAUUCAAUUUUAAAUGAACAGUAUUACUAUCAA